AUGAAUGUUACACUAGCAUUUCAAUUUUUUGGAGUGACAGAAUCCAUGCAACUAUUCUGCUCCAGAAUAAAAAAGCUCAUUAAAGCUAUGAAUUGCCGAACACUAAAAAAUGCUAUGAAGCUGGGUAAUGAAGCAUGGAAAAGAGUUCCAUCCGACUCUACAUGCCAUGGAUUUAAAGUAUCAUUGAAAGAUAUUCUUGAAGUUUGUCGGUAUCUGACAAAAGACUGCGGAUUUGAUUAUUUAAUGACGAGCGAGAUUCAAAGCGAGAAUCAAAAUAAUUUGAAGCUAUUUUUUGGAAUGAUGCACAGCUACUGUGGAUCGAAUGAUCAUCUGGAUUCUACAUUAUUUAUACAAAUAUACCGGCUAAUAUUGAUAUACUCACUUGCCUCGACGAAAGGAAGUAACAUCUUUGGUGAAGAAAUACUGAAAGUUCUGCUAAUUAAAGCUUCUGAAAAUUAA